CCGAUCCUAUCAUCUGUUUUUUUGCUUUCUCUAUCCCUCGCUCUCACCUCUCCCAACACCACAAGCUUUUCCUCUCACCGACGUGGCACUUCGCCGUUCGCUCCUCCGCCGAUCACUCCUCCUUAUCCCCAUUCCUCUCUCUCCCUCUGCUGCUUCGUCAAACCACCGGUCACCGGCGAAACAUUACUCUUUACACAUAUAUAUGAUCAAUGACCAUUUCUCAACCUCACGCUCUCCCUAGUGUUUGUUGCCCCCGUUCUGUUUCCCUAUCGAAAUAUCUGAAUCCAUGGAUUUCAUGUAAACAUUCCACAUGUUUAUUUCACAAGAAGGUAGCUUCUGUGGACUACUUACUAUCCAGUAAGGUUUAUUCAAGAAAGAGAUACCAGAUAAAUCUCUGUUUAUUAGAAGAUGGAACACUUGGUCUUAGUUCCAGAUCAUUAAAGCCCCAAUUAACCUAUUUCACCCAUUACAAAUCAAGAAGAACAAGACAAUUUUUCCCAUUUGCUUCUGCUGAUGAUGGUGUAACAGUUAAUGGAGCAAGUACUAGUGGUGAUGUUGAGGAAAUGAGGGUUAAACUUGACCAGUCAUUGCAAAAUGAAGAAUAUAAUAGUGCACUUAUUCAAUCAUUGCAUGAUGCUGCAAGGGUAUAUGAAUUAGCCAUUAAAGAUCAGAUCUCUGCAUCCAAAUCAUCAUGGUUUUCAACAGCUUGGCUUGGUAUAGACCAAAAUGCUUGGGUGAAAGCCUUGUCUUAUCAGGCCUCAGUGUAUUCGUUACUUUUAGCAGCAUGUGAGAUUUCAUCUCGUGGUGAUAGAAGAGAUCGUGACAUCAAUGUUUUUGUUCAGAGGAGUCUCUCAAGAUAUUACGCUCCCUUAGAAAGUGUAAUACGCGAUGCACUCUCAGACAAACAACCAGAACUUUAUGAAUGGUUUUUAUCCCAACAAAUGCCAUCUGUCGUCUCCAGUUUUGUCAAUUACUUUGAAAAAGACCAACGAUUUUCAGCUGCUACAGGCGUGGUAAGAAAAGGAACAUCUGUAACUUCAGGGGAUGCAAGUGACAGGUCUUUGCUUCUUUUUGCAUUGAGUUGCAUAGCAGCAAUAACAAAACUCGGCCCCACAAAAGUUUCUUGCACACAGUUUUACUCUCUUCUCCCUGAGAUAACUGGUAGACUGAUGGAUAUGUUGGUUGAGUUUGUUCCUAUACACAAAGCUUAUGGCUCUAUAAAAGAGAUUGGAUUAAAAAGAGAGUUUUUAGUCCAUUUUGGACAUCGAGCUGCAGCUUGUAGAGUGAAAGAUGAUCAAGGAACUGAAGAAGUGUUAUUUUGGGUGAGUCUUGUACAGAGGCAUCUACAACGCGCUAUUGAUAGAGAGAGAAUAUGGUCAAGAUUGACCACAUGUGAAAGUAUUGAGGUGUUGGAUAAGGAUUUGGCUAUUUUUGGAUUCUUCAUUGCUUUAGGAAGGAGGACUCAGUUGUACUUAUCUGCAAAUAACUUUGAAGCAGCACCGAAACCCAUUGAAGGAUUGAUCAGGUAUCUUAUUGGUGGUAGUGUGUUAUAUUAUCCUCAGCUUUCAUCAAUAAGCUCUUAUCAACUGUAUGUGGAGGUUGUAUGUGAAGAAUUGGAUUGGCUUCCAUUUUAUCCAGGUGACAUCGACACUCAAAAAGGGUCACAUGGGCAUAAAAGUAAACAAGGUCCUCCAAAUGAGGAAGCUAUCCCUGUUGUUUUAGAUGUUUGUUCACACUGGAUUCAGAGUUUUAUUAAAUAUAGUAAAUGGCUUGAGAACCCUUCUAAUGUCAAAGCUGCAAGGUUUCUUUCUAGAGGGCACAACAUUUUACAGGACUCUAUGGAAGAACUAGGCAUACCUAAUUGUGACACUUUGGCAGAGUGUAAAAAGGUGGAGUUGGCUUCAUCCUAUGAAAAGAGUCCCAAGGCUUUAGAGAGUGAGUGUAAUUUGGGGUGGCUUGAGAGAUUAGUCCAUGUGAUUGUAGUCAUUUGUCAGACAGUGAAGCGCAUGAUCGAAAGCAGCACUAAUAAUACUUUUGAGAUCACACGUUCAGGAGGUUAUUCUCCAUUGAAAAAACAACUAGAUUCCUUUGACAAGGCAUUAGAGAGUGUUGAUGAUGCUCUUAUAAAGCUUGAGGGGCUGCUUCAAGAGUUACACGUAUCCAGCUCCAGUUCUGGAAAGGAGCAUCUAAAAGCUGCUUGUUCUGAUCUUGAAAAGAUUAGGAAACUUAAAAAAGAGGCUGAAUUUCUUGAGGCGUCAUUUAGGGCAAAAACAGAUUCCCUUCAGCAGGGAAAUGAUGAUGGUCGUGCUGAGAGGCAAUCUAGUUCUAAUGUAGACCUGGAUAUGUCCAGCAGUAAACCUGAUGUCUUAUGGAGCUUGCUGCUACGUCGUCCAACCCCAACCACAGAAACUUCCUACAAAAAUGAUGAUGAUGAUGACACAAGUCUACUUGAAUCAAAUGAAAUCCAACGUUUUGAAUUAUUAAGAAACGAACUCAUGGAACUUGAAAUGCGAGUUGAAAGAAGCACUAAACGCUCUGAAAACGAAGAGGAGGAUCUUAAAAUGACUAAUUAUCCUAAAGAUCCUGAAGGGGUUCAACUAGUGAAAGCACAGGAGAAAGAGAAUAUAAUCGGAAGGUCCAUAAACAAGUUGAAAGGAAGCACCACAGAUGUGUUGCAGGGUACCCAACUUUUAGCCAUAGAUGUUGCUGCAGCUACAGGGUUGCUUAGAAGGGUGCUUAUAGGAGAUGAGUUAACUGAUAAAGAGAAACAAGCUCUUCGAAGAACUUUGACUGAUUUAGCAGCUGUAAUUCCAAUUGGCUUUCUCAUGCUACUACCUGUGACUGCAGUUGGGCAUGCAGCAAUGUUGGCUGCUAUUCAAAGAUAUGUGCCAUCGAUGAUUCCAUCGACGUAUGGACAAGAUAGGCUGGAUCUUUUAAGGCAGCUUGAGAAGGUGAAGGAAAUGGAAACAAUGGAGGGGAACACUACAGAAGAGAAAUUAUAGAAAAAAAAAGUUCUAACAAAUCAUAUACACGUGAUUAAAUUCAAAUAGGAUGAGUUAAAUUUUACAGCUGUAGUUUCAUGAGUUGUACUUCAUGCAAUGAAGGUUGUAUGUUCCACUUCCUGUGCUUUUAAAAAAGAACAAGUUUGAAAAUAUGCUUUAGAAAGGUUCUCUAUUAUAUCAAUGUUUUAUUGGUCUGAAUUUCAGAUUAUUUCAGACUCUGAAAUACAAAUAUUUUUUUGUUUUUGAAAAUUAAGAAUAUGGUUAUUGCUCA